AUGGAAGAAAGUGGCGAGCUCAACGCUUGGCUAGGAAAGCCUCCAGAUAAAUUCGAUUCAGUAUCAUCGGGCAACGACCACGAUGUUCAGGCAGAGGUACGAAGCGAGGAUCGCUCUCCCUCUCCUUCAGUCUCCAGUGAGGCAGGCGAUGUUAUUGAGGUCUCACAACAGCCAACUUUCGUGCAUGUGACUGCACCUCAAGAUCAAACCACAGCCGAACCAGACACGAUAGUUAUAGACGGUGAAGGCGACAACGAGGAAGAGUCACGACAGCAGGACUCUGAUUCGGAGGCAGGCAGUCAGUUCGUUGUCAACAAGCAGGAGGACUUGACCAUAGACGUGCCUGAGCUCCCCGAGGACGAGAAAGAGGACUACGAUUACCUGCCCAAUCACUUCACAGUCAAGCGCAUUUUAUAUGCUCUUGGAAAUGGAUCUGCUGACAGGAAAUAUGUCGUCAAAUUGCUGACAGGAGAGCUUGAUCUGGUUGACAGAGUCCAGCUUACCACUGAGUUUCGUAAUGGCAAACUUGCUCUUAACGCCUAUCGAAGUGCCGUGAUGCAACGGAAAGCCCACCCAACCCAUGUACCGCCCAGAUUGCCUACUGGUCUCGUCGAUUGGAACAAGAUCGAAACAUCAGAUUCUGAGGUGGAACCUCCAGCUCGUAAGCGUCGAAAGCGCUAUACUAAAGAGGUCCUCUCCGAUGUUGAGCCUACUCGGUCGUCUAGUGAUGAGUUUGCUGAUGAAGAAGACGACUUACGACCGGCGGGUCGACGAUCGAUUCGUCUGGCUCCCAAGCAUCGGACAAAUUACUUUGCAAACGAGCUAAGCGGAAUCAAGGAUUCUCUAGAUUCUGACGAAGAUAUUUCGCAGCCCGGUCGAAGUCGGCGCCCAAAGCGACAAGCCACGAGACAUCACAGCUCUUCCAAGCCUACACGUAGUGUUCGUGCCCGUAAAGCUGCCGAAUCAGAAGAAAGAGAUCUUAAAUUCGAUAAUGCACGAAGAUCUGAACGAACACGAACCCAGCCCAGACGCAGCAUGCGCGAACGGCAAGAGGACGAAUUAUCUUCACAGUCAGAAAAGGACUUGGCUCCAAAGGUUGUUGGUACCAAAGAAGUUUUCGUCAAAAUGCCUGUCAACGAUCCCUUCAGAAAGCGUCAUCAGCAGGAGUGUGCUACUUGCUAUCAUACCGGUGAUCACGAGUCCAAAGGACCAUUGGUCUUUUGCCAAGGUUGUUCUAAUUCCUACCACAAAACGUGCCUGGGCCACCGUGGCAGUCGAGAACAUUUAGUGACAAAGGUUGGGGAUCAUCUCUUCGUUCUUCAAUGUCGAAGAUGCAUUGGUGUUGCACGAGUCAAAGAUCCAGCAGCCCCUCAUUAUGGAAAAUGCUCAGAGUGUGAUAGACUCGCCCCAUUGUCGAAGCCGCUGAGAAGGCGUAUCACAACUCGACAGGAGCAGAUACAGCGCGAGGAAAAUGGAGGAAUUGAUCCUAUUACUAUCACUCAGCCUGGCACGAUCAACAACGUUGAAAACGUCAUGUUCCGUUGUGCGACUUGCAGUCGUGGAUGGCAUUUGCACCAUAUGCCAAACAGAAAGACUGCCAACUCUGCAGAUACCGACGAAGAAGAUCUCGAUGAGAGGGAGCUUGCGCAAAAGAGGUUCGAUAUGUACCACCGCUCUUGGACAUGCAAGGAUUGUGUUGAAAACCAAGCCUCAGUCGAUACACUCGUAGCCUGGAGACCAACUAAUCAGGACUCUUAUAUUCCCGGCACGACUAUUGACAAUAUCCAGGAAGCCCACAAAGAGUACUUGGUGAAGUGGAAGAAUCAAUCUUAUCAUAGGUGUACAUGGAUGCCAGGUACCUGGGUAUGGGGCGUCGUUGGUGGCGGAACUCGAGCUGCUUUCUACAAGCGUUCGGAAAAUCAGCUACCACGCAUGACUACUAAAGAUGCCAUACCUGAGGAGUAUCACAGGAUCGAUAUUGUCUUCGACGUGAGGUAUACUAGUGUGGUCAGAAAUAGCUCCGAGCAAAUCGAUCUGGCUCGCGUUAAAGAAGUCGAUACAGCCUUUGUAAAGUUCAAAGGUCUUGGCUAUGAGGAUGCGAUCUGGGAAAAGCCUCCUACUUAUUCUGAUAAGGAACGCUUCAAGGACUUCAAAGAAGCCUACGAAGAUCUGGUCAAAAAGCGGUAUAUGUCUAUUCCUGUCCAAAGCACUUUGCGCAGGACACUGGCCAAUGUUCGACAACAGGAUUUUGGGACCAAGCUCAUCAGGAAACAACAGCCUAGCAUUUUAACAGGAGGCCAAGUAAUGCAGUAUCAACUCGAGGGCUUGAAUUGGCUGUAUUAUCAGUGGUACCGCCAGCACAAUGCUAUCCUCGCAGAUGAGAUGGGUCUCGGAAAGACGAUCCAGCUGAUCGCCCUCAUGGCUACUCUUGUCCAGGAGCACAAAUGCUGGCCUUUCCUCAUUGUUGUACCCAAUUCGACUUGCCCAAAUUGGCGCCGAGAAUUCAAGAAAUGGGCGCCAAGUUUGCGAGCUGUUUGUUACUACGGUUCCAGUGCCGCCAGAAAAUUGGUUCAAGAUUUCGAAUUGUUUCCUAAGGACCCUGAUGCUGAUCCGGACAAGAAGAAGAGUAGAAGCGAGGUCAAAGAUAUCAAAGCUCAUGUUGUUAUUGCAUCCUAUGAGUCCAUUAUUGACAAGACAGUCUUGCUCAAUUUGCAAAGGGUGCCAUGGCAAGGGCUGAUUGUCGAUGAAGGUCAGCGAUUGAAAUGCGAUCAGAACCUAAUCUACGAAGCACUAUCGAAAUUGCGUGUCCCCUUCAAGGUCUUGAUGACCGGCACACCAUUGCAGAACAACGCGAGGGAAUUGUUCAAUCUGCUGCAAUUCCUAGAUCGCGAGAAGCACAAUGCUGCUGAGCUAGACAAGAGGUAUGCUGAGCUGACCCAAGAGAACGUCCCUGAGCUCCAUGACAUGCUUAAACCAUACUUCUUGCGCCGAACCAAAGUUCAGGUGUUGACCUUCUUACCUCCUAUGGCUCAGAUUAUCUUGCCCGUUACGAUGAGUGCUCUACAGAAGCAAGUCGCAAAAUCUAUCAUGUCACAGAACCCAGCUUUGAUGAAGUCGAUAUUUAGUCGGGAUGGAAACGCACCUAUUAAAGAAAGAGCUAACCUCAACAACAUUUUGAUGCAACUUCGCAAAACACUUUGCCAUCCAUUCGUGUACAGUCGGGAAAUCGAAGACCGAUCUUUGGACAGCGACGCGACCUUCAAGCGGCUCGUUGAAGCAUCGUCGAAACUGCAGUUACUUUCUAUCAUGCUGCCGGAACUCCGUGAACGAGGACAUCGAGUGCUUAUGUUCAGCCAAUUUCUCGACAACCUCGAUAUUGUUGAGGACUUCUUGGAUGGUCUUGGCAUGCUACAUCGGCGGUUGGAUGGGACUAUUAGUACUCUCGAGAAGCAGAAGAGGAUAGACGAGUUCAAUACACCAGAAUCGCCAUAUUUUGCAUUCCUUCUGUCCACUAGAGCUGGUGGUGUUGGUAUCAAUCUUGCCACAGCUGAUACAGUCAUCAUUCUGGACCCCGAUUUCAAUCCUCAUCAAGACAUACAAGCGCUUUCUCGAGCUCACCGUAUUGGACAACAAAACAAAGUGCUUGUCUUCCAGCUCAUGACGCGAUCAUCAGCGGAGGAAAAGAUCAUGCAGAUUGGCAAGAAGAAAAUGGCGUUAGAUCAUGUACUCAUUGAGGCCAUGGAUCAGCCUGAUGACGCUGGUAUGGACUUGGAGAGUAUACUGCGACAUGGAGCUGCUGCUCUCUUCGACGAUGAUGCUGAAGCUGACAUCGUUUAUACUGAAGCCUCCGUUGACAAGCUCCUUGAUCGUUCACAGGCAGAAUCUACAAAGACAAGUGAGAGUCAGUCAGCUGAGUCGCAAUUCAGCUUUGCAAGAAUCUGGGCGAACGACAAAGCGGCGCUCGAGGAAGGUCUUCGAGAAAACUCCAGUACUUCGACACCUAAUCCAGACAUUUGGGAUAAGAUCCUGAAGGAAAGACAGAAGGCGUUCGAAGCAGCACAGGCCCGCAAGGCCGAAGAAUUGGGUAGAGGCAAACGAAGACGUGUUAAUGUGGACUACGGUGGCAAACCGACUGUGGAUGGUGACGUUGACGGCUCGCCUACUAAAGGGAGAGCUGAUGGGGAUGAUCAUACCGACGACGAAUUCGAAGAGCAAGACAACGGCCCUGAAACCGACGUCGAUGUGACCACUGCAGCAGAAGACACUGAACCAGAAAUUCAAAUGGUUCAGGCUCGUCCAUUCAAGCGCGUCAAGGUGCCGCAAGGACAAGCGCCCAUGUUUAACGGAGACAUGCCACCUGGUUACAUUCACAUACCGGUACCAGCACCUCACAAGUGUCAAGCGUGCAAGGAGGAACAUCCAAUGGGCUGGUGCCGCCUCAAAAUUGCAGGUGUGGAGCACUGUGGCCUGUGCGGUCUUGCACAUAUGGGCCAUGGAAGGACUUGCCCUCAUUUGAACGACGAGAAACAGGUCGAGACACUACUCAUGACUUUGAAAGAAAGUACAGAGUCAAGAGACUUGAUUGACGAGGCUGUCAGAUAUCUGCGUGUCAUUAGAGGCGAUCUUGUGUCUCAUAGACGACAGCGCGAACGUCGAGCACAGCAAGAAAAGGAAGCUCAACUUGCGGCACGGCGGAACCAGUUUCCUCCACCUGGCAGACCUCCAGCAGCCGGGAGAUUUGUCCAGCCUCCUAUCAUGGAUGUCGACGGUAAUCAUCGCAACGCUGGCUUAAGUAUAGGUGCUAACUCUGAGGACUAUGCUCCUUCACCGCAGAGACAGGCACCUGUAGGGAAUGAGGCCUGA